CAGAACGCAGAAACCUCGAGAGCUCUUUCUGCUCCGUCUAGGAUCCAAGGCAAUCUGGCUCCAGUCUCAUUUGCCAAGAAGCGCAUUUGUGAAGGCUUGCAAGGGAAGGAAGCAGAGACUAUGAAAGAUGUGCAGAAAUGCCUUGGGCACACUGAGGAAAUAAAGACACAAAUGGGGGAGCAGAGGACAAAUGGCUCAGGUGGCAAAAAUGCUUUAACUAGUGAGAAAGAGAUGCACUUCAGCAAAUCUGUCCUCUUUCUUGAACGCAGACGGCCGUACACCACCAAUUAUGAAAAAUACAACAGGCAGUCUAAUAUGAAUGACAGCUACCAAGAGACGUUUGUGAAAAAAACAUCCAAACAGCAGGUUCCAGCACUGCCUGUGAAGCCUUUUCCCCCUGAAGGAUUUGUCGACAAAGACUUUCCGGAGCCAAAAUGUCUGAGUGGCAGAAACAAAAAAUGUUAUAAGCAGAGACCCAAGUCUAGGAAUCUUUUCUUGGGGUUGAACAACACGCUACUUGGAAGACACCCAAGCAUGAAUAAUCACACAGUGCUAAAGAAUGAUGGCCUUUUAAAUAAUAAAGUCAAGCUCUUUGUCCAGAAAAUUACAGAUCUACAACACGAACAAUGCUGUACUUUGCAAGAUUAUUAUUCUGAGCGACUCCAGGAAAAGUUAGGGAAAAGAUAUUAUAAUGUAAAUCAGAACUCUCUACUGGAUACUGAGCAGGAGGAAAGCAAAUGGAAUCCAGUAGGUCCAGAAACCAACCACCGAAGCAUUACGAUAAAGAAACUGGAUGGAAAUUUCAUGGGAAAAGAUAGUCCCAUCAAGAUGGGAAUAUCAUAAUGAGAUAGUUACUAAAGAGAAUCUCAUGGAAAGAAACCGGCCGAACAAUAACCCUUAUCAGCUGAUCAAAAAUGAAGAUUUGGGGAGAAUUGGGUUGGAUGCAGCAACCUGGUUGCCUGGUAUCACAGGACAGUGUAUUAAGUGUGUGAAGUUCCAUCUCUGAGCUCUCUCUACAUGGAAAUUGCCCCA